AUGUACGGCACCGCGACCCUGCCGCGGGGCUUGAGUGCCAAGGCAGCUACGAAGGGGAAGGGAGCCGCUGCAGCAGCACCUCCCCCUUCCGCUCCGGAACCCAAUGCGGACUCCGCUUCUUGGGUUCUUGCAUCUGCAGGUGCACGGUUACGGCGACGACGGCCCAGCCCAGAUCCCCUGACUCUCCUUACACCAGAGCAAAGACAGCUAGCGGAGGUGAUGGCGCAGAGGCCAGCUGCGCCAGAGGCGGUGGAGGCGCCUCAGACACCGACCCCUCUUCGCGGCUUGGGCCAGCUGGGUCUCCCCCUGGGCCCUGCGGAGGUUUCCUCGCUGCUGCACCAGUCUCUCAGCGGGGCUGUUGGUCAGAAUGUGCACUUCCAGCCGUUCGUCUUCUCCAACAUCUUUCAGAGCGCCUCCGCAGCUGCCACCUACGUAGCUGCGGCGCUGGAGGGCGGUGCCAACUGGGGCCGUGUGGAGCGGUUUUUCCUGGCAGCUGUGGAGGCGGAGGAUAACAACAUCGUGAGGGGUGUGAGGGUGGCGGUCAGCGGACGAAUGGGUCUCAAGGCCGACAUGGCUGCCACCAAGGUGUGGGAGUGGGGCGAGAUGUCACUGAGGGCCUUAUCUGACAGACUGGACUACGGAAUUGCAACCGCCAAUACGAGACUGGGGACACUAGGCGUCAAAGUGUGGAUCCGGUACAAAACUGGGGCCAUCAAGGACGUGUUCUUCCCGCCCACGGGAGGAUCGCACUACCGUGCCCCACCAGCUGCCGGUGCAGCACCUACGAUGAGCUUGAACGAGCUUUACAGCGUUGCCGCGUCGCGUACGGCACGUGUUGGGCUGCCGUACAAGUUCUCGUCUGUGGGUUGGUGGGAACGCACAGCGCCCGAGCAGCCCCUGGAGAACCGGCUUUCAGAGCUGUUCGUGGCGGGGUACAACCCGGCGGAAGGGGACCGCUUGGACCAUUACUUCCGCCGACGACGUGAGGAACGGCGGCGGUUUCGGAGCGUGGCGGAGCGGCUGUCGUACAUGGCAACAACUGGCAGGUUCUUGGCGAAGCAGCGCCGUCUGGCGAAGGUCCGUGCCGGGGGAGCGGGGCAGUCGCUGGUGGCUGGAGGAGAUGUGGUGGCUUUAGGUCGCCGGCCGAAUCGGUUGCUGGCGCGAUACCGGUUGGGCGCCUUAACGCGCAAGCUGCGUGCGGCAGUGGUUUUGCGGUUCAGGUUCUUGGCGAACCAGCGCCGUCUGGCGAAGGCGGUUGAAAAUGCCUCCACAAUCUCGUCCAGCCAGCUCACCCUGCUGAACCACCUGGGUACCUUGCCAUCUGUCGCGCGCAACUGGGACAGCCGUACAGCUGAGACAGAGCUGCGCAACGUUGACACCGCUACCUACGCGGAACUGGAGCUUAGCAGGAGCGAGCCUACCGCUGUACAACGCGAACUGGCAAAGCGGCAUGGCGUUGCACUGCCCGCCGGUGCCUCCCGCCUUGCCGCCUCGGCAACGCUGGCGACCGUGCUGCCGCCGUCCAUCCGCUCGCUCGCCGUCCUCUAUGGGGUCCUGGAUUACGACGGCGAUGUGGCCCCCAGCGACGCCGCCGCACGGCAGCUGAUCCGAAGUGUGGCAAAGGCACGACCCCAUGCGCAUUCGCUCGACACGGACUUGUCACCCGUAUCAAGCAGCCAGAUGAACGAGCUGUUCCACCGCCUAGGCUACAUUGGCAGGUUGCCCUACUCGUACGGCAGCGCGCAGCUGAUGGCGCUUUGUCUACGGACCAUUCUAGCGGACGUGGACGACGAGGCGCGACUUAGGCCGUUGCCCAGCCUGGAUUCCCGUCAGGCCGAUCUCAUCCGUUACCUGCGCUCGAGGCGGGCGGCCCCGGGCUCUACUCGCGGCAUGCCUGCCGUACUGGACGUGGAUCUGGCUGCUGAGCCGCCCGUCAGCCGCCUGGCUGCUGCUAGGAAUAUUCUGCAGGCGCUUAUGCUGUCUGCGGAGCUUCGAGACCGCUGCCUCAGGCCCAGGCCCGGACACUUGGCGGCGCUGCGUGCUGUCGGGUACGGUGGUUUCAGCUCGCUUCAGGCGCCGUCGGCAGCACCGUACCCGGACAGCAUAGCGCACGUAAAAGCAGUGCUACGAGUCUUGCGACGGGCGGAUACGGAAGCUGCUACGCCGGCCACGCGUACGGCGCUAAGGCACCUGGCGGAGUUGCGUCGUCGCACACCGGCGUCGUCCCACGCGGCUGCGGCUGCGCCGUGGGUUCGUGGCCGCGGCGGAGGCAGCCCUGCUGCUGCGCUGGGUCCUUGCCCCAGCCAGUUGGAGGUUCGCGCAGCCAUUGAAGAUCUCCCUGUUUCAGAGAUUUUGGUGGAGCGAUUGUUUGACCUGGGCUGGCCGGGCCCUAUGCCACCGACCCAUGGAUCAGCUCUGGCGCUGGAGGAUUAUCUGCUGCAACACAAAAGCACAACCGCAGCUAGCAUAUCAGCUUCCAGCCGACAUGCGCACCAAACAGCGGCGCUGCCCCCGCCGACAACGCACGCUGACGCAGCUGCUGCCGAGGGUGCUAGCUCUCGGGCGCAACUUCGCCGGCCUGGGCAAUACGGCACGCAUCACCAGCACCUGGGCACCUCGCACGACAGGCAUUCGCGACAGCAACCCUUCGUAUCGCGGCUUGGAUCCAACCCGGAGGAGGCCCUGAUCAAGAUCCAGAUCCGGGGCAUGUUCCCUGGCGCGGUUUCGGAGUGGUAUUUGCCAACGAUGUCAUACGAGGAGGCUGAGCACGUGCUGGGCUGCCUGAUGGCGGCGCGAGGUGUGGUUCUGGAGCAGGUUUCGGGUAAGUCGUACGACGAGUAUGUGGACCGUUGGUCUGAGGCUGAGGCGGAAGGGGAUUGGUGGGGCAUGGAGUGGCUUUGGCAUUGAAGUGUGGACCAGCAGCCAACAGGAACAGAGUAUCAGAGUGUAUGUGUCAGUGUGCGCGUUACAUCUCGAGAUGUGUUACCGUUAUCAAGGGGUUACAAGCUCAUACGAGCAGGCAGUAGGAAAAGUAGGAAGAGUCACCAUUAACAGGCACCACGAGUAUCAUGGCCACCGUCGAUGAUUUAAUUCAAGGUCGGGCACUGGUAGUACUGUGCGUGGUUGUCUAUGAAGCUUCGUAUACGUGGAGGCGACUGUAGCGAAAAGUGCAAUGGUGCUGGUGCAGUGUUGUCGUAUUUUCGCUGGUGCUGCUGAACAGGAAAGCUGGCAGGGGGGCGGAUGAUGGUAGAAAUUGGCGCAGGCGUGCUGACGACGUUGUGAAUAAGGUGGCUUGGGGAAUGAGAGGGAGAUCGUAAAAGCAGUGGUAUUAGUGUGGCUAUGGUUCCGGCGCUUUGCAAUUUUGGUUGGCUACUUCGUGGUGAACAUGCAGGCAUGCAUUUUAAUUAUGCUUUGCAUAGGAUUAUAUUUUGUUCCUGAGUAGUGGUUGCUUAGCAGCGAUUUUGUUGCGAUACGUGGUAACAAGUUACCGUGUGUCAGCACGCUGCCGUUAGUAUCCCUGACCAAGCUAUCCGUGUGGCGCAGUGAAGGUCUAGCGGUUACUGUCGUUGAGCGUCUCCUGAACAGAGGAUGCCGUUCUGCUGCAUUUGUUCAAAGCAGAACGGGAUCGGGUGCUCUCGGUGCGCUCUGGUUCAAAACAUGGAUACAGUGCUUGCUUCGCUCGUGAGUUCAAGUGGGUCUGAUAUCGCUGAUUUCUAAAGCGUAUCAGCCG